AUGGUUUACGCCUCCCCUUGCGCUAUCGCUUUGGCAACUGAUAAACAACCCUUAGCAACGCAGACAUCCCUUGGCAACGUCACGUCAGUGCCAGCCGAUACGUUUUGGACAUCUUUUGGGAUCAAGGGAUUAAAUAUGGCUUCUGUUAGAAGACCAAUGAGCCAAACAAGGAAGUUCGAAGCGAAGGAAGUAUUGUUCCGGCAAAGAAAGCGGAUCAUCAAAUACCUGGUGCUGGGUUUCUUGAAGCAGGAGGGGUUCCUCCACACCGCGGAUACUUUUUGCACUGAAGCCUCGCUCACCAACGAUUACGAGCUGUGCGAUAACAUUGACCUGGAAAUCAUACUUCAGGAUUUCUGCAGCUACUACCUGAUGCGGUUCAACAAGCAACCUCAGUUCUGUCGCAAAGUGGACGAGCCCCGGCCGCCGCGGCGCCCAGCCACCAGGACCCACCGACCCCAGGUGAUGGAACAGGAACCUGAGGAGGAGCCUGCCCAGCCUCCCGUCUUCACUGUCACUAAGUUGUUGAAGGACAAUCCACCAGAUGACGCGGAAACAGCGAUUCCGGCAAUAGACAGAAAACCGUUGGCCAGUUUCAUGGUCACAAUGAGCCCGGAGAAGAAGCAGCUGGUAGAACUCCUGUUUCAGGACAUCAUAAAGCCGUCUGGAGUCCACUGGGACGAUGUCAAGGGCCUGGAGUCAGCCAAGAGUAUACUGAUGGAAUCUGUCGUUUAUCCUGUUAGGUACCCUGAUCUUUUCACUGGCCUGCUGGAGCCAUGGCGAGGGGUCCUACUCCACGGCCCACCGGGCACCGGAAAGACGAUGCUCGCCCGCGCCGUCGCCAGCGAGAGCCGCUGCACUUUCUUCAACGUCUCCUGUUCCACGGUGGUCAACAAGUGGCGCGGAGAGUCCGAGAAGAUAGUCAAGGUGCUUUUCGAAAUGGCUUUCUACUAUGCCCCGUCGAUAAUCUUCAUAGACGAAGUGGAAACCUUGGCAUCGGAGCGGUCCUCGAGCGGGGAGCACGAGGCUUCCAGGCGGCUGAAGUCACAACUCCUCACAGAGCUGGACGGCGUGAGGGAGAGGGAGGGGCUGGUGUUCCUUCUCGCCAACUCCAACAUGCCGUGGGAAAUAGACGCGGCGAUGCUACGCCGCUUGGAGAAGAGGAUAUACAUUCCGUUGCCGGACUCGAAGACGCGCGCCCAACUCUUCGAGACGUACCUGAACGCGCGGACGGUUGAGCUGUUCCCGAAGGUAGACUUUGAGCAGCUGGCGGCGAAGACGGAUGGCUACUCCGGCAGCGACGUGAAGCUCGCCUGCAAAGAGGCGCUGAUGAUGAACGUGAGGAAGAUGCUGCCAAACGUGAUGGCGAGGAGUCAGUCCGGCCGCAAGGAUCGCCUGGACUUGGCGGACAUUUUGGCAGCCAUAGAGAAGACCAAGCCGGUGUCCAAGAACCUCGCCAAGAGGCACCUCGACUGGCAGGAACAGAUGGGUUGUUCG